UGUGGACUUAAAAUGAAUAUUCUGCAGGUACUUCUUGCUGUUCUGUGUUUCAGCAUCGAUAAAGCUCAAGGUUUUAAUGUGGGGACUUCUGGAUCUAAGAUCUUCUCACAGUUGGCAGCAGAACAGUUUGGUUACUCUGUUCAACAAUUCAGCAACAGUCAAGGAAAAUGGCUCCUCGUGGGUUCACCAUGGACAGGAUACCCUCAGAAUCGGAAGGGAGAAAUCUAUAAGUGUGAUAUUAACAGCCCUGGAGCCAGCUGUCAGUCACUUAACCUUCAGAAUUCUGUCAAUGUGCCAAGCAUAUCCAACAGCAACAACAUCAAUAUGAGUCUCGGUCUCACUCUGAUUCCAACAACCAAAAACGGCGGGUUUAUGACGUGUGGUCCUCUGUGGGCUCAGCUCUGUGGAAGUCUGUACUUUUACCCAGGAGUCUGUGCUGAAGUGAGCCCGCAGUUUACGCUCCAGUCGGCCUUCUCUCCUGCUGCGCAAACUUGUGGCAGUCUAAUGGACAUUGCCAUAGUUUUGGACGGAUCCAACAGUAUAUACCCAUGGGAACCAAUUGUUGCUUUCCUCACGAAACUGUUGGGAAACUUAGAUAUUGGACCUCAAAGCACUCAGGUGACUGUGAUGCAGUAUGCUGUUGAUACCUCGUUCGAGUUCUACCUGAAUUCCCAUCGGACAAAAGAGUCCAUGAUAAAAGCAGCUUCAAAUAUUCAGCAGAAACAAGGAUUAGAGACUAAUACUUUCAAAGCCAUUGAUUUUGCAAGAAAGAAUGCAUUCCUAGCCAAAAAUGGAGGUCGUCCCGGGGCCACUAAAGUGAUGGUGGUGGUAACCGAUGGAGAGUCACACGAUGGAAAUCUGAGGAACACAGUUAUCCCGGCCUGCGAGAGCCAAAAUAUCACUCGCUUUGGUAUUGCGGUGCUUGGAUAUUACAUAAGGAAUGACAUUGACACAAGCAAACUCAUCGCUGAGAUUAAGUCAAUAGCCAGCAAUCCAACCGAGAAAUACUUUUUCAAUGUGUCUGAGGAGGCAGUGCUCAUAGAGAUUGUCGGGACUCUCGGAGAUCGAAUCUUCAACAUUGAAGGUGUUGGAAAAGGUACUGGGGAUAAUUUCAAAAUGGAAAUGUCCCAAGUCGGAUUCAGCGCACACCAGACCAGAAAUAAGGAUGUGAUCUUACUGGGAGCAGCUGGAGCAUAUAAUUGGAUUGGCACCGUUGUGCACCAAACUGCUCAGAAAUCUGAUGUUUUGCCCAAAACUGCUUUUGAGAAAGUCUUGGAUGACAGAAACCACAGUUCAUUACUUGGAUACUCUGUGACAUCUGUGAGCGACGGCUCGUCUGAGUUUUAUGUGGCCGGUGCUCCUCGUGCCGUUCACAGAGGACAGGUUGUAGUUUACAGUCUGAACAGUCAGAAUCAGCCGGUCAUCAUAGAUUCACAGAGAGGAGAUCAGAUCGGCUCUUAUUUUGGCAGCGUUCUCUGUCCUGUUGAUGUGGACGCUGACGGUGUGACGGAUCUGCUGCUGGUCGGAGCGCCGAUGUACAUGAGCGAGGAGAAAUCUGAAACAGGAAGAGUCUACCUCUUCACCAUUACCAAGGGUAUCUUGAGUAACCAGGGUUUCUUGGAGGGUUCUCAAAAGAAUGCUCGGUUUGGGACGGCCAUCACUGCCGUCCCCGAUCUAAACCUGGACGGCUUCAGUGAUGUUGUGGUUGGCGCUCCGCUGGAAGGCAAUGGCCAAGGUGCCAUUUACAUCUACUAUGGAGACAGAAAAACCAUCAGAAAGCAGAGCUCACAGAAAAUUGUUGGAACGAAACUAGACCCAGCGUUGAAGUUCUUCGGCCGCUCUCUGGAUGGCAGAGGAGAUAUGAACGGAGACUCCAUCCCAGAUGUGGCGGUGGGGGCUUUUGGGAAAGUGGUCCAACUCUGGAGUAGAGGAGUUGCAGUGGUCACGGCCAAGGUUUCCUUCACCCCUGACAAGAUCAGUAUCCUGAGUAAACCGUGCCGCUAUAGCGGGAGGCAGGUGUCCUGCUUCAAGGCUAAAGUGUGUUUUAGUGCAACAUUUAAACCAGCGAAUCCAUUUGGGCCAGCGGAUAUUAAGUACAACUUGACCCUGGAUGCUGACCUGCAGUCAUCCCGAGUCAGUCCUAGAGGUCACUUCAGCAACUUGGAUCGAGUCGUCCAGAAGGACAUCAGCGUGUCUGCGCAGGAUGUAUGUGAAGAGCAUGACGUCUAUGUGCAGGAGACCCCUGACCUCGUCAACUCGAUUGCUUUGCGUGUGGAUGUGGUCCUCGGCUAUCUAGACGCCAACCCCGUUUUGGAUGUCUUCAGUCCCACUGCGUGGGAGUUUUUUAUCCCGUUCUCAAAGGACUGUGGCGAAGAUGACGUUUGCUUCAGUGACUUGGUACUGACUGUGCAGAGUGAAGAGAUUCUUGGCAAAAAUUCACUGGUGGUCAGCCAGAACAGGAGAAGACUCUCCUUCACUGUGACCGUAAUGAACAGGAAGGAAAAUGCAUACAAUGCACGAGUGUCAGCCAGCUACUCCAGUAACCUGUUCUACGCUUCUGUUACACCACAGGUACGAGGAGCGGAGGUGAAGUGCACUCAGAUGAAAGAAUCAGACACACUCAUCUGCCAAGUGAGCUAUCCAGCGCUGAGGACCGACCAAUCGGUUACAUUUGUGGUCAAUUUUGACUUUAACUUGAAUCAGCUUCAAAAAGAUGCCAAUGUUGUCUUUGAAGCUUUAAGUGACAGCACAGAGGAAACUCCCGCUGAUAAUAAGAUCUCUGUCUCCAUUCCUGUCCAGUACAACUCUGAGAUCAUCCUCAGCAGAGAAUCAAACAUCGAUGUUUACUUACUUGAAAAAGAGCACAGUUUCACAACCACAGUGAGGAAUUUCAAGGACAUCGGCCCAGAUUUUAACUUUAAUUUAAAGGUUUCUACAGGAACUGUCCCAGUCAGCCUGGUUUACCUCACUGUCUCUCUGCCCAACAGCACCAGAGCUGGAAAUCCUCUCCUCUACACGACCAGCAUUAAAACCUCACCUGCUGAAAAAAUCCAUUGUGCAGACAGUAAACUGAUCGACCCGUUUAAGAUCAGCGAAAAACUUUAUACAGCCCGAUUCAAAGAGGAGAGUUUUAGAGGAACAGAUGAACUGAACUGCAAAACGACCACAUGCCGCUCAGUGCAAUGCGUCCUGAAGGGCCAGGAGAAGACUGAUUAUUAUGUGAAUGUAACGACAAACAUAUGGAAUGGUACUUUUGCAAUGGCUGAUUUCCUGUACACCGUGCUCUCUGUGAGAGCUGAUAUAGAGACGUCUCAACCGGAGCUGCUGUUCAUCGAACAGAAACACCUGCAGGUUCAAGUCAAAGUGAGCAAACCUGGAGCUAAAGGGGACGUUCCAGUGGGCGCCAUUAUAGGAAGUGUUAUCGGCGGCCUGUUGUUAUUGGCUCUUGCCGUCGCAUUGCUUUGGAAGCUUGGAUUCUUCAAGAGGAAGUAUCAGCCGAUGAUGAACGCAGCUGAGAAUGGAACGGAAAAUCAGGAACUGCAGGAAAACAGCGAGACACCCUAAGAAAUCUGCCGAGACUCAUUUGGCAAUAUCACUGCUUCCUUCCCUGACACUAAUAACCAGAAAAGGGCUAGAAAGAGCAAACUGGGUUUUUACAAAUUUAUUUCAGCACAGCAAGUCAAAUAUUGGCAUUCAAAACCCAUUCAUCUUUCGUAUGUCUUUUUCCCCUGCUUGACUUGAAUGCUGAUUUAUCUUUUUGGCAGUCUUGCCACUUCCAUUAAUUUCCUGAGUAGUUAGUAUUCAGCUAGAUCUUUUUGACUAUUGUGAAAAAGCAUGUAGCUUUUCAAAGCAUCCUCCAUUUGAUAGCGUGUGCGAACACAGGCGCUGGACACGUGCACUAGAAAGAGUCAUCCUUGUCCAGUGUCUGCGCUUUUUCUCUUCAGAAGUUAUGAGUGAUAAAAAUGUCUUUGUACUCAUUUAAACUAAAGUUGCUCCGGUAUUGACUCAAUUACGCACCGGUCCAAAAAAAUGGUUCCGCGGGGCUCAACGCAAUUGCGUGGUGCCUAAUCACGCUACUGUGCAUGAACUGUGUUCCGAUUGACAUGCUCCUUACACUCGCUUCUUUGCGAGGACUGGAAUUGGGAACCGCUGAUGUAGCCUAUUAGUAAUGUUAAGUAGUGAUGUAGUAGUAUUAGUAAUGUUGUCUCUGGUAUUCUGGUCUGUGAGUGUAUAUGCGUGCAGGGGCGUGGCUUUGGACGGCGAUUGCAGGGAGGGUGGGACAUUCGUUUUCAGUGCUAUCAGGCUAAAGUUAACAUUUUCCAAGAUCUCCUACUGCACCUUUAAAUGCAAAAAAAAAGAGAAUAUAUUCUUCAAAUUAAUAUAAUGACCGGGAGAGGGCAUCGUGACAAAGUUGUUUCUGUAUCAAUCCAGUGCAGUCAGUGUCCGAAUUCCUGACUUCAUUUGGUUCACUCCUUGCCGUAUAGUGCACUCAACUGGCAAGCUCUAUAUAGGGACUAGUGAAUGAGUGAGGUAUUUCAGACACAGCAACGGAGUCGACAACGAGUCGAUUCCUGUGCUAGAGUUGACCCCAAGACUAUGGCUAUUUAGAGUCAAGGAAUCAGCUUUAGGCGUUGACUCCCCAUAACUAUAUUGCACAAAUGGUUAAGAAAAAUUGGGCUGAAUGUGCGUA